GUAAGUUUCCAAUGGAAUCAGUGAAGGAUACUUAUCCCUUCCAUUUUAGUUGCUUUCAUUACAUACCCAAUUUGCUUCUCAUAAAGAUGAAUUGUAUUGUAUUCAAUUUCCCACGGUUUACUUUUUCGCAGUCGUUUACUUAUACCUAAUUUCACACUCUCCCCUCAGAUUAGUGUUUAUCCUUUAUUUUUUUUAUGUCACAUCGAGAUACUACUGCCGGAGAGAGAGAGAGAGAGUAAGAGGGGGGAAAGAGAGGCAUUUCACCUGGAGGAGGCCAAUUGGAGACGACCCAGAUGGCCAGAUCUCUAUAUUUUUGUUUUCAUUUUCAAUUUAUGAAGUAAACGCUUUCCCCAGAAAAAAUUUUGGUAUUUAAAAGUAAACUCUCUACUCACCUCGUUCUGUAGAGUUUCUCCUCACCAGCAAGGCAUUGAUAUCUUCCAUUGGUGAAAGAAAGUUGUAUGCAAAUGAUGUUUCUCAUAUACAGUGAAGACUUUGGAUUAUAAGAUGGGACGAUUCUUGUUCUCUUUUGGGUUUAUCUUACCCCCUUUUCGUGGUUGAUUACCCACUUGGAUUUUCGAUUGAAUUUUCAUUGUGUAUCAAUUAGUUGAGCGAUGCAUUCUGAUGCUGUGAUGAGUUAUUAGUUUUGUGAACGAAGUAUUUCAGAACAACUUCUGCCGGAAACUGGGUUUAGGGGAAAAUCCCUUUUGGUUAAUGGAUCGAGAAGAAAGGAAUCGCCGAGAUGGUGGUGGGGAUGUGUUGAGUCGAAUAGAAACAGGGGAGCCGAAACUCACUAUCGAUUUGGUUAAUGGCGAUAGGAUCGAGGCUACCAUUGUGGUAAUCCCAGAAAGCGCCGCCUCUGCCGGCGGCGACAAGGAAGCUCACGGGGGAGCCACUGGAACUUCGUUCGGCUUCAGUGGAGAAGCUUCACCAAAUGUUAAUCGAGAGACAAGGGAGGGUUCGAAUCUGAACCCUUCAGAAACCGUUCUGGUUAUUGAUUCAGAUGGGGCUGCAUCUGGAGGUGAAAACGAAGAAUCGCUUGUGAAGAACAAUGAAAUGGGGUUGAGGAAGGAUUUGGAAAAGAUGAAUGUAAAAUCAAAGAUGUCAGAAGCGAAGGACAAUCCGAUGUUGAUAAAUGUAAAGCCAAAAGGGGGUAAAGGGUUUAUUGAUGACUGGAAUGGAGAAAAGGUCUGUAGGAUCUGCCAUUUGGCUUCCAACCAAGCUUCAGAGGCUAAAACUGGGACCAGUACUUCAGAAUUGAUUCAACUUGGUUGUGAUUGCAAAGAUGAGCUGGGAAUUGCGCAUAGUCACUGUGCUGAGGCAUGGUUCAAGCUGAAAGGAAACAGAAUGUGCGAAAUUUGUGGUGAGACUGCCAAAAACGUCGAAGGAGUUGGGGACAACAGAUUUAUGGAAGAGUGGAACGAGGGGAGGUCAGUAGAUAGCAAUGGAAACACAUCAAACAGGGGUGGGGGAUGUUGGAGAGGACAGCCAUUCUGUAACUUCUUGAUGGCAUGUCUGGUAAUAGCUUUUGUUCUUCCAUGGUUUUUUCGUAUAAACAUUUUCUAGCAAGUGUCAAAAAAUAAAAAAGAAUUCUUCUUUUCCCAUGGAACGGUCCGACGCUUUCAAUUUUAACUUUGCUCGAAUGCUGGUUAAACCCUGUAAAUCUUACAAUCUUGCCAAACAGAUGAAUUUGUGGCUGUUUUUGAUUGGUUAUUCAGUGCAGUUUCUGCAUCAAGAAUUGCUCGAAUAUUUAUCGUAGAUUAAUUUGCAGUUUGGUUGCAUCA